ACAACCUGGAAAAAUGAGCAAACGUCCAGCAAAGAAACGCGCCAAAACGCCAAAACUAUCUCCAGAAGAGCAGCUCGAACUCCUUCAAAAGGAAGCCGACACCAAAUGGAGCACGGACCAGGUGGCUCAGCUGGAGCGGGACCAGGCCGACGUCCGCCAGUACAAUCAACGCCGGGUGGUUCUGGUGGAAACGAUUAAAUUCUUCCGAAAGUUGGACAAGGCGGCCGCGGAAGCCCACCGGAAGCAAUCCCGGUCCGACGACUGGCAGCACUAUUUGUCGUGCGAAAAGCUGCCCAAUCCGGCAAGUGCCGCCGAGCUGCGGGAGUUUUUGUACCGCUGGCAGUACGAGCUGGACCAGCACCGCCGGGACCGAACAAGCUGGACGUUGGCCGUGGACGAGCGCAGUCCGCUGACGCAGGACGACCAGCUUCCGGUGCAAACGCGGUCCAAGCUGGGCGCAAAAAAUGCCGACAUCGGCGCCCAGUAUCUGGCCGGACUUGGACAUGCGUUGCGGAUUUUGGCCCUCAUCGACGAUUCCACGCCGCGGGAUUUGCUGCCGGAGCGGGAGGUGGUCACGGUGCGGGACGAAAUCCGGGCCACGAUGGCGACCGUGCUGGACGAAAUAACGGACCGGGUUGGGGGGAACAUUUGGCGCGAUAUGACACCGUUGGAUGCCAUCACGGCCGAGUUUGGGUUCGCUUCCGACAUUGUGAGCUGCUAUUUGUGGAGCUUUCGGCAUGUUCCGUUGCCGCCGGAAUAUAAUUACCUCGUAAAAACGCUCCAAAUGACCCCACUCGGGCUGGAACUGGCCAAACCCGUUUCGUUUGAUCUGCGUGAUGCUUUGAUGCGCGGCCUGUGGACCGGCUAUGACCAUCUGUCCGAUCUGGAGCCCACGUUCCGGUGCGGGUGCCUCGAGCCGGUGCCGGACCUGCUGGCCUCGCAGGAAAUUGAAUGGGCCGAUAGGCAGAACCUGCGGGUGAAACGGCUGACCGAGAUGAGGGAGACUCGGGCGGGCUUUGAAGCCGCACAACGCCAAAAAGAGCUCGAAGAGGCGGAGUUGGCCAAAAGUUCGGGUGGUGCCGCUGGGGGUGGUAAGAGUGCCGCAGCCGCCAAGAAGGAGAGUGGUGGCAAGGCCAAGGCAAAAAAGAAGACAUCGGGUGGCAAGAAGGGCAAGAAGAAGGGCCAGGAAAAGCCAGCGCUGGAAAUUGCCCCGCCGGUCGUAACAGAUGAGACCACGGUGGACAUUGAUGGGGAUUUCGUGCAGCAGGAGAUGCAGCUGUACCUUCAAAAGAUGGAACAAAUUGGGCCCGAUUCGUUGAGUCUGGCCGGCGAGGAGCAUGUAAAUUUGCGCAGAUUCCGUAUUACCGGAGGCACCUUUUCCGUAAGCCGCUUCCAAAAGCUUCCCCAACCAACCGAGCUGAGCAGUGACUUUAUCUACACCACCUUGCCGGCGGAUCUCCAAUUAACCGAGAUGCAGUUCGUGGCCGAAACGAGCGAAGAUUUCAUUAAAAUUACAGUCAAACUUCCCACGUUCUGCUUUUGGUGGCAUGAACCCGUGGUUUGCCGGUGGGAAGCUUGGGAGGAGAGUCAGGAGUUUGAAGGCUUACGACAAGAGCUUAAAGAUUUCCACCUUAAUUACGACCAAAAUCAGCACGAAAAGGCCAAACUCCUGUUUGGAGCUCCGAAGCUGCCCAAAAACACCAACAAACCGACCAUCAUUCCGGACUUUUACAUCAACGAUAUCCCGGCGGACAUUAAGUUGCACUUUCUCAUUGUGGACCACAUUUUGCCACGGUUGCCGCAAAAUUUUAAGUUUCAUGCCGAGCUGCACAAGAUGUUCCAGAGGAUUCAAGCGAAUUUUGAGCUCGAGCAGCGGCUUAAAAUUGAAGAAAGGUUGAACGAACUGCUGUACCCGAAGUUUUUGGUCAUGCAAGCAGCUGAUGAGAGUUCCCUCAAGCUUGUGUCUCACAGCCGCGAACUUCUCCGUAUACCCAGCACCGCCGACGUUCCCGAAGGCUCGGAAAGCGUAGCCAGCUUUGGCGGCCAUCUCGUCAGCCCAACCAUCGAAACGCCCGUCCAAUCGCUGCUCCAAGAACUGGCAAUGGCCCAAACCUGCCCAAACUAUCUGUUCCCACCGGAGAGCACCAUCCCGAUGCUGGUGCUCACCGAACGGAAAGGGCUCGAACCGGCCGAGCUGGACAUUGACGAGAUGCUGACGGAACUGCAAGUGGCGGCCAGCUCGGACGACGAGUUCCGGGCCGAAACGGUGUACAAAUUGUUUUCUUCGUUUCUCAAACUGCUGGACCGUCUGCGGGAACAGGAGCAACCGCUCUUUGUGGAACCAGCCGAGUCGGAGGAACUCGUACUGGAAGGGGAAGCAGGCACCACCUUAGGAGCUUCACGACGUUCCAAGAGUCACGUCCACCCGUCGGAUGCCGAGCUGGCGAAGCGGCUUUCAAGGGCUUCGUCCCGGCAGUCCUCUUUCCUGCUGGCACUAAACCAGCGACGCCAGCAGCAGCAGCAAGCUUCGCAGGGGGCAGCGACCAAAAAGCGCCGCAAGCGCCGAAAAUCCACGACCUUGACCGUUUCGGAGGCUCCCACCGAUGACGAGCGGGAACUCAAGCCCGAGGAAGAGCAACCAACCGAGCUGAAGCUGAUUCCGCAUGCCCCGGGACGAUGGUCGACCAGGCUGGUGCACAGGCAAGAGUACGAUCCGGACGGGAAGGUGGUCACCUUUUGGGUGUCCAAGCUUGGCAGCUUUGGGUUUGCGAUGCAGAAGAGCUUUAAUUUUCCGUUCAAGGAGUGGGACAUGAGGAGGACUGGGAAAGUAGCCGACCUCACCACCACUAUAACCCUCAACUGCCCGGGAAUCACGGUGUCCAUCAGCGUUACCUUGGCCGGCUAUCGACUUGCUUUCGAGAACGCCCCCCAGAACAUCACUCCCCCAGCCGAAUUCCUCUCGCUGGACCAGCUUGAAAAGUACCUGACCCGCAUCAAUCUCAACCUCUUCCCCGAGCCGGACGCUCCGUUCUACGUGUCCGGAAUGGCCACCCCCAAGCACGAUUCGCUGGAACUGCACACCCUCAAGUGUCUGGCCGGGUUCUGCCUGACGCACAACUUUAGCCGCAGUUUUUGGAACAAUUUUGCCCCCCAUCGGGAAGUCGUGUUCCGGGCGCGGCAGCUGAUUGAGGGCCGCCAGGAACCGGACUUUGUAACGGUGAUGGCAAAUCCGCUCAAAGCGGCAACCGUCACCGUGGAGGAGAGCUGCUCACCGCUGGACCAGGUGCUGCUGGCGUACCAACCGGUGCCGGAGAAUCAACCGUACAACCCGGAUGUGUACCACCUGCUGAAGGACAGCCUGGAGGAGCCGUCCCGUAAGUUGCUGCUCAAAACGCCACCACUUCUGCAGUGGAACGUGGCCCAGCUGCUGCUCAAGCUGCGACUGCUGAGCUACUCCUGAAGAAACACCGGAUUGUAAUCCAUUUUCCUUGGUUUUCCUACCGCCGCAUCCCACCUCCU